AUGGAGAGAUAUGAUAGUGUCUGUAGGUUCAGGGUGAUACAUCAUCAGUACACGGAUGGUACCCAGUUGUGUACUCCACAAUUGGGCAGAAAUCAGAGAGAUGCCAAAGGCCAGUUCCUCUUCGACCUGCUGUGCCAUCACUUAAACCUCCUGGAGAAGGAUUACUUUGGGAUCCGCUUUGUUGACCCUGACAAGCAGAGGCACUGGCUGGAAUUCACAAAGUCUAUUGUGAAGCAAAUGCGAUCUCAGCCCCCAUUCACCAUGUGCUUCCGAGUGAAGUUCUACCCCACCGACCCAGCUGCCCUGAAAGAGGAGAUCACCAGGUAUCUCGUCUUCUUGCAGAUCAAACGAGAUCUGUAUCACGGGCGUCUCCUGUGCAAGACCUCUGACGCUGCUCUGCUGGCCGCCUACAUCCUCCAAGCCGAAAUUGGUGACUAUGAUCCUGGAAAACACCCAGAAGGAUACAGUUCCAAGUUCCAGUUUUUCCCCAAACACUCUGAAAAAUUGGAGAGGAAAAUUGCUGAGAUCCAUAAAAUUGAGCUCAGUGGGCAGACCCCCGCCACGGCAGAGCUGAACUUUCUCAGGAAAGCGCAGACCUUGGAGACGUAUGGAGUGGAUCCACAUCCCUGCAAGGUCACGGAGCAGUCAAAGCCACCUAGUACUAUGAAGAAGAGUGAGGAAGGAUAUGCCAGUCAAGAGAGAAACCAGAAAGAUGGGAACACCAAAAAAAGCUCUAACGAUUUUAUAAUCAUAGAAGAGAAUUAUCAGCUGUGA